AUGCUUGUUGUGACCACUUUUGACCUCUAUACCAGCUUCCUUCCUCCUUCGUUCAUCCUGGUUGGCAUUCCGGGCAUGGAGGCGUAUCACAGCUGGGUCGCCGUCCCUUUCUGCCUGAUAUAUGCCUUUGCCCUCCUUGGUAACGCCUCCUUGCUGUUCAUCAUUGCCACGGAGCGCAGCCUCCGCCACCAGCCCAUGUUCCUCUUCUUGGCCAUGCUGGCACUGGCUGACCUGAUCAUGUCCUCCUCCACAGUGCCCAAAACCCUGAGUGUCCUCUUCUCCCAUUCCAAGGAGAUCUCCUUCAGUGCCUGCCUUGCCCAGAUGUUCUUCACCCACGUCAGCUUCAUCGCGGAGUCAACCAUCCUCCUGGCCAUGGCUUUUGACCGGUAUGUCGCCAUCUGCAGGCCCCUGCACUACGCAGCUAUCCUCACUCCCUCUGCUAUUGUGAAGAUUGGUUUGGCAGCUCUUCUGAGGAGUUUUUGCGUGAUGUUCCCCACCAUUUUCCUCCUCAAGAGGCUGCCGUAUUGUGGGCAAAGGGUGAUGCCCCACUCCUACUGUGAGCACAUGGGCAUUGCCCGCAUGGCCUGUGCAGACAUAGCCAUCAACAUCUGGUAUGGAUUCACAACCACCCUUUUGUCUCCUGGCUUGGAUGUGGUCCUCAUCGCUGUCUCCUACAUCCUCAUCCUCAGGGCCAUCUUCCGCCUUCCUUCCAAGGAUGCUCGCCUCAAAACUAUCCAGACCUGCGGCUCUCACCUCUGUGUUAUACUCAUAUUUUACACCCCUGCGUUUUUCUCAUUCUUUGCGCACCGCUUCAGCCAUGGUAGCAUCCCACAGCAUCUCCUCAUCCUUCUGGCCAAUAUCUACCAGCUCUUCCCACCUCUGCUGAACCCCGUAGUCUACGCGGUGAAAACCAAACGGAUUCGGGAGAGGCUUAUAGAACUUCUCCAUCUUCUUUUGCCAAUUAUAUAA